AUGCGCCUUCUAAGCCUUCAGGAUGACAAACUCAGCCUCACCAAAUUCGACAAGCAAACCCCUCAGUAUGCUAUUCUCUCUCAUACUUGGGGUGCAGCCGAGGAUGAGGUGAAAUUCGAGGACCUGAGCCAAGAUAAAGCAAAGAACAAGAAGGGAUACGAAAAAAUCAAAUUCUGUGCCAAGCAAGCCGCCAGUCACAAUCUGAAGUUUUUCUGGAUCGAUACGUGCUGUAUCAACAAAGCCGAUGUGCAGGAAUUUCAGAGCGCUAUCAAUUCGAUGUAUCGCUGGUACCAGAACGCGAAAGUGUGUUUCGUGUACAUGGCCGAUGUUGUUAGGGAGAGAACCGAUGAAACAUCCCAAGAAUCAACCUGGAAAAAGUGUUUUCGACAAAGCCGGUGGUUCACUCGGAGCUGGACGCUUCAAGAGCUGCUUUCCCCGCGGGUGAUGGAGUUCUAUUCCUGUAAUCAUCAGCUCCUUGGCAAUAAGGAAUCCCUGGAACAAGAGUUACAUGCCAUCACAAGAAUUCCACUCUCUACUCUUCGGGGCGUGGACUUGUCUCCGUUCAGCGUCGAAAAGUGCAUCUUGUGGGCUAAUGACCGUGAGAGCACGUACGAAGAGGACCAAGCCUACUCUUUACUGGGCCUAUGUGGCGUUUCAAUGGCGCCCAACUAUGGUGAAGGGGCACAAAUAGCGUUCGAACGUCUUCGUAAA